GAGUUAAAAGGAGCUCUCAAUGAGUCCUGAAAUCAUUUUCAAGUACUUUCAAGAAUGCACAGCAAGAUUGUAAAAACCUUUGAAAAUGCCUUAAAAAUGGAAGUUCCCUCUUCUUAUGUCUGAAUACACCACCAGACAAUGAAAAUAAAGACAAAGGCUCUGACUCAACAAGCAGCAACGUUUACUCUGCAACCCUUGCUGUCAUCGCACUGCAUGUACUCUAGGGGCAUUCAUUUAUAGAGCAUACACUGAUACUGGCACCAUCCAUCAAAACAAGAUUAAGUUCAUCCAAAAAAGCAAGAUCUUCAAUCCGAAGCCAUGUUUUUGUCUCAAAUAUCUGUGCUAAAAGUCAUAUUGACUCACUUUAAACCAUAAAUACCCUAUUUUGUCAUCUUACCUCAGUAGGGUCUAGCCCAAGUAAUUUGAAGGCGAAAAAAACUUUUUCUUUAUACUGAUAAUGUUCUCGAUUUUUUAUCCCAAAGUUUAACUGUAGCUAAUCCUUGGAUUCACCCAUUGAAAUAUCAAGUCUCCUCAGAAUUCAUAUUUAGUAUUGUCGCAUCAGCUUGCAUUUGGUCGUGCACAUCUUUCAAGUCCCUAAAAUUUUUUUCUCUCAUAAGUAAAAUAUCCGAACUCAGUUUACCCUCUCAGGUUUACUCUAGAGGACACCUGUUUUAAAACUGAGAUUGGGGAAAGCAAGAUUAGCUAUCACCUUUUUCCCCUCAAAACAAUAAUUCCUCCUAUAAUUCCCUUGAAAAUUUUUGGGGAUAUUUUCAUCAAAGCUAUUAUGAGUGAGUUUAGUUUUUUUCCAAACUUUAUAUUAUUUUCUUGCAAUGUUUGGCUCCUUUUAUGUAAACAAGGUCUAAAUUCCUAAUUAACUGAUUUGAAGUUGCACUAUUUCCUAAUUUUUUGAGGAAAAUAUAAUUUGAAAUUUCUCUCAAUUUACAUUUUCCUGUUAAAGAUAAGUAUUAUAGCAAUAAUUGUGGUAAUUGAAUGUUCUCUUCAAAAAUGAGCCAGAAUUAGGGUUAAAGUUUCAUUUGUACGAAGCCUACAUUCUCAGCAAAACCUGAAUUUUGAUGACUUUACUCAAAAUACUCAGGUUACAAUUUUCAGUAAUUGUAUGAGUACUUCAUUAUCAGUUGCAAUUACUAUUUUCUAGUGGUAAGAAUCAUGUGCCUAUAGCAGACUAGGUUACAUCUUUGUAGCAUGCUACUAUGAUCGUUUUAUAUUAACAUUCCAAAGAAUUCAAUGAUCUGACACCCUCUAAGUUUAGACAAGAACGCGGACCAUUUUGAAUUGCCCAAUUUUGCCAAUUCAAAACAACAUGCAUCCAUUCUGCUUAACGCUGAGUGGACAAAUUUGGCAUUUAUAUCGACCUUUCAUUUCAACAGUACAAUCAGUCAGUUAUUACUGCGCCAAACCAGUGCAGCUUCAUCAGAUAUCAUUCAAAGUUAUGGCCCUCUUUUCUACCAAACGCUCAAAAAAUGACUGGGACUCAGAAUCUUAUUCUGAUUCACAAAAAGCUCAGCCUCCUUGCAAACGACAGAAAAGGAUUGAUAAACCUCCGAAAAAAAGGAAGACCCAUUUCCUGUGCUUCCCUCUUGUGACGGACACAUCAGUUCCACAACUGGCAGCAUCACUGAAAUAUUUUCGCCAAAUAGCCACAAAACCAAGUAUCAGCACAUCCUUGAGCCUAGAUGAAAAUCACAGCCAGUCAGAGAAAAUUUUCACAUCCCAGAAAGCAGAUGAUGUUGCUAACAUAGUAGAUGUGGAAACUAACAGCUUAAAUUCUGACACAACAUUUUCACAACCUCACCUAGGUCCAAAUCCAGAUCUUCAGAUUCUACCAUCCCUUGCCUUUAGACCAGCAGGUACCUUUCACUUGACAUUGGGUGUAAUGGACCUGUCAUCCAAGGAGAGUAUGAGUCAGGCGUUGGAACUUCUGCAGAGUCUGGACUAUGCGAACAUUUUAAAAGGUGUACUUCUUCAGCAAGAAAAAGUCCAACCUGAGCACGUAACAGACAAAGAUGGCAACACUGAUUCUCAGCCUGAGCAGUGUUUAUGCCCAGAUGAUAUCAACAAGGGGCAAUUGCGUCUCCAACAACCAACAUCCUCUUCAAAAGUUGCAGUUGAAGAAAACCACCCUACUCCUUUUAGCAAGAACAAUCCUCUCCGCAUUACUCUCACUGGGCUUUCAACCUUCCCAUCUCCCAAAAAGAGUUGCGUAUUUUAUGCAAAACCAACAUCGUCGCCAUCAUCAUCAUUUCCUUUGCUCAAAUUCAGCCAGGCUAUCUGCAAGGAGUUCCGAAAUGCUGGGUUCAUCACUGAAACCCGCCCAUUGGUGUUGCAUGCAACAAUAGCUAACAUGAGGUAUGCCAUACAAGCCAAAGGUGGGAGGAAAAGUGAAGGAAAGAGGGGAAAAGACAAGUGGGCAGAUGGACAGUGCGAUGCCCGGGAGUUGAUAAAGUGUUUCAAUCAUUAUGGAGGAGAUGUGGGCGAGUACAAGAAAAAAGCUUCUCAAGAUAAGGACCAAACAAAUGAGUUUUUGUGGGCUGAAGAUAUUGAGCUGAACAAAGUAGCCAUUUGUAAAAUGGGUGCCCAAAAAAGUGAGGAUGAGGUAUUGGGCCUAGUCUAUCCUCCUGUUGGAGAGAAGUUCAUAUUCUCGUAAUAUAAUUGUUUCAAAGAAAUUUUGAAACCUAUGAUUCAUCCAUGUGUCGACUGUUUGAUCGUUCGUAAUUUUUAUGAUUGUCCAAAAUUGCUUCAAAUGUACUUUUUUGUUCUAAUUUUUGUUGUUUUUAAUUUGUAAACAAAAAAUCUUUGUAAAUAAAGGUCCUUAGUUUUUUAUGA